UAGCUACCUUGGUAUUAGAUAACAAACCGCAGUCAAAACAACACACACCGAAAUGAACGUCCUUACGCGAAAUUUGGCCCAAACUCUGUUCAAAUACAAUGGGGCCGGGUUGAUCCAGGCGGCCGCCCGCAGCUUCAGUGCGCCGGCACUGGAUGGCAAGGAGGUCGAGAAGCUGGUGAGCAACAAUAAGGUGGUCGUUUUCAUGAAAGGCAACCCGGACGCACCGCGGUGCGGCUUCAGCAAUGCGGUGGUACAGAUACUGCGGAUGCAUUCGGUCAAAUACGACAGUCACGAUGUGCUGCAGAAUGAAGCCCUCCGGCAAGGCAUUAAGGACUUUUCGAACUGGCCCACCAUCCCGCAAGUGUUCAUCAACGGAGAGUUCGUUGGCGGGUGCGACAUACUGCUGCAGAUGCACCAAAACGGCGAGCUGAUCGAUGAGCUGAAAAAGGCCGGCAUUGAGAGCGCACUGGCGAAGGAGUCCGAGAAGUGAGCCCACCCUUCGGGGAGUGUCGGCAGAAGGAGUGUGUUAAGAUUUGUUCGGUAAAAAAUAAUAAUAAAAAAAACAACCCCCGCUAAUAACAUCA